GUAGAGCAAUGAUUAGAUAAGUACACCCAAGAGAAAUGGACUUUUGUGCUCUGACUCCCGAGUCUCCCACUUAUCUAACUGUUUGCCCGCACAUGGCAAUUGGCACAAACUUCACUGAUCUUCUGCAACCAUGGCCGCUCCAUCCAUUUCCCUCUCCCUUUCCUUUUUCCUCUUCCUUUCCUUCCAUUUCUCUUCUUCCUUCUCCAAGAUCCCCCUUCCCUUCUCUUCUUCCCUCCUUCUCCGCCCUCAAAAUCCCCCAAUCGAUUCCCUCCGCCAUUACCGCACCAACUUCUUCACUCAGAUCCUCGACCACUUUAACUUCAAUCCCAUAAGCUACCAAUCCUUUCAGCAAAGGUAUCUCAUCAACCACACCUAUUGGGGCGGCGCCGCCGAGAAUGCUCCCAUCUUCGUUUACACCGGCAACGAAGGUAAUAUCGAAUGGUUUGCACAGAACACCGGUUUUCUUCUCCAAUCCGCUCCUCAUUUCCGUGCCCUCGUCGUUUUCAUCGAGCAUAGAUUUUACGGGAAAUCGAUUCCGUUUGGGGGAGAUGAAGAUGUGGCUAAUAGUAAUUCGAGUACGCUUGGAUUUCUGAGCUCCACACAAGCGUUGGCCGAUUAUGCAACUCUGAUCACCGAUUUGAAGAAGAAUUUGUCGGCGAUUGAUUCGCCGGUUCUGGUCUUUGGCGGCUCUUACGGAGGAAUGCUGGCAGCAUGGUUUAGACUGAAAUACCCUCACGUUGCCAUUGGAGCUUUAGCAUCAUCUGCUCCCAUUCUUCAGCUUGAAAACAUUACUUCUCCUUAUGCCUUCACCAACAUCAUCACCCAAGAUUUCAAGAGUGAAAGUCAGAACUGUUACAGAGUGAUUAAAGGGUCAUGGCAGCAGAUUGAUAUUACUUCAAACCAGCCAGGAGGCCCCCAGUUGCUUCGUAACUCAUUCAAAUUUUGCAAAGAGGCGGAGUCAGAAUCGAUUAAAAAUUGGUUGUAUACUGCAAUUUUGUACACAGCAAUGACCGAUUAUCCCACGCCCUCUAAUUUCUUAAAUCCCCUGCCAGCUUAUCCAGUUAAACAGAUGUGCAAGGCGAUUGACGAUCCAACGACUGGGAACGACACGUUUGCGAAGUUGUAUGGUGCGGCUAACGUCUAUUAUAACUACACUGGGACCGCCACGUGUUUUGAUCUCGACGAUGAUUCUGAUCCUCACGAUCUUGGAGAUUGGACUUGGCAGGCAUGUACGGAGAUGAUAUUGCCAACGGGUGGUAACACAGAAGAAAGCAUAUUUCCAGCUUCAACAUGGCACUUUGCAGAUCGACUUCAUUUCUGCAAACGCUUCUAUAACGUGGAGCCUCGUCGUAUUUGGAUCCCCACACACUAUGGGGGCCAUAAUAUUGAGAGAGUUCUGAAAAGGUUUGGAAGCAACAUAAUCUUCUUCAAUGGCUUGAGAGAUCCUUGGAGUGGUGGAGGAGUGCUGAAAAACAUAUCCUCAACUAUAAUAGCCAUUGUGGCAAAGGAAGGAGCUCAUCAUGUAGACUUGAGAUUCUCUAAUCCUGAAGAUCCAAAAUGGCUGAAAGAUGUGAGAAAGCAGGAGCUCAAUAUCAUUCAGGAUUGGCUUUCACAAUAUUACUUGGACUUGGCCCAAUAUUAAUCCGGCCCAUGUUUAUAUAAAAGGCCCAAACACAUAGCCCACUCAUAAGAUGAAAGAAGAAGAAGGUUCUUUCUACUUUAUGGUUUUCCAAAAGGAUUAUUCAAGCCAUUCAGGUAAGCCACCAAAUGAUUCUCUCAUAAUUUUGUACAUAAUUUACUUGAAUUCUUCAAUAUUUGAAUGUUUUGAAUAAUGAGAUAUUAAGUUUGUAAUUUUAUUACUUAAUGGUAUAAUAACAAUUCUCAUCAUAUAUUUCCACAAUGGUGAGAUGUUAUCUUC